GAAGGUUCCGACAAAGUGGUCGCUCCUCUGGAUAUGACAAAUUGCAUCAAAUCCGCAUCCACAUUUCCGUAAGCGCUUGGCCAGGCCAAGUAUUCCGAGUGCGUGUGGCUCUUUCGGGCUUCUAUGUAUACUUAGUGACAUGCAGUGACCUCACAUCUUGCAAAUUGCUCCUAUUGGUGUUACUUAAGAGCACGUUGUACUCUAUGACGUCACGGAUUGUGUUAAUUGCCAAUUGUAACUUGUGCAAAAAUCCAAUGUGAACCAAUUCUUCUUGUGAUAAUGCUGAAAGCUUCUCUGUGUCCAAAAAUGCUAAAUUCCGUAUACGUUCAGCAGAAGUGUAGUUGAAAUAUACUUAGAAGAGAGAAAAAGAAAUACUUACCAGUGAAUUUUGAGAACAUCUUCGCGAAAUUCUCAGUGGUUCAUCCAACGCAACAUCCGCAACAUCCACAGCAAUCAGAAGUUUAUGGUUGGUUUUUGAUAGUGUCUCAGCAUUAAUCAUAGCACAAAACUCAACCGAAAGCUGCAGAGCCAGACGGAGUGAAGAUGAAGAAUCAAUUGAUUGUCGAGAAUGUCUUUGAACUAAUUUUGAGCAAAAGCAACCAACUGCUGAACUAAUGCUGCUUGGGUAACUCAUCAGGAGGCACAAUUUGAGGUUUUCUAGUGUCGUGGUUCAAAGAUGCGUUCAAAGCAGCAGCCUCGACCUUCAUAUCAUCGAUGGCUGAAACCUGAAGAAAAUGAAGAAGGAGAUGAUGCUCUCGAAAGUCCCGAACAGAAAGAUGUAUUAACGUCUGGGUCAGCUAGUCCAUCAUCAACACAAUCUCUUGAGGGUGCUCCAGCAACAACAUCAUCAACAAUGCUCCGAGAUCCGGAAUCGCAUCAUUCCACCACCCCCACAAGUCCGCAGCCUCCGCCGCACUUGAUUGAUUCACACGAUGACGUCGAGCACAACAUACCUGCUACCCUCAUACAAGACCCGAGUGUCGAGCGUGAAUUGUCCAGUCCGCGAUGCCUGUCCAGGGAUUCCUCGGUGGGCGGUCGCUGUCCCUCGGAUGAGUCCAUCUACUCGGGCCGCGGCUUGGCAGGCAGUAACGCCACGAGUCCCGUUGCUAUCACUCUUCCCGCCACUCUUCCGCCAGCGGCCGCGGCCGCGCUGCUCCCGCCGCAGUCCGCCGCCAUGGCGGCCUACCUGGGCGUGGCGGCCGCGGCGGCCCAGCAGAACCGCCUGCUGUUCAAUUCCUCCCUGACGGCGGGGCUGGGCAGAGCGGGCUCGCCGCCACUGCUGUCGCUGCCUCUGGACAGCGACUCGCCAGUGCUGGACUUCAGCACGAAGCGCCCCACGAAGAGCGACUCGCGCGACGGUGAUAGCGAUGCUGUGAAUCUGAGCAACAAGUCUGACAACGGGCCGCUGGAUUUGUCGGUCAACCGGAAGCGGAAUGCGGAGAGCCACUCGCCGCAGAUGCCGAGCAGGAAGCAAGCCCGGCCGAUUGACUACAAGACCGCGGUGUCGCCCUGGACAUCGCCCGUGACGCCAUACUUCGCCGCCGCCGUGGCGGCCGCCAGCAUCUCGCCGAAGAAUCACACCGCCGCGGCCGAGUGGGCCAACGCGAAGGGAAAGCUGGGCUCCGGGCCGACAGACGCCACGAAGGCGCUGGAGAAGAUGUCGGAGCUGAGCCGGCUGGGCGGUGAGGACAUCUACAAGCAGCACGGCGGGGCGCUCAGCCGCGAGAAUACGGUGAGUAGCGGUGGGAGUUCGGGUGGGGGCAGGCACAGUGCCUGGCAGUCGCACUGGCUCAACAAGGGUGCCGACUCGGCCAAGGAUGUGCUGAAGUGCGUGUGGUGCAAGCAGAGUUUCCCCUCCUUGGCCGCAAUGACCACUCACAUGAAGGAGACGAAGCACUGCGGCGUGAAUGUGCCGCCGUCCGGUGGCAUGUCCCAGCCGCAGCCGCAUCCUCCGAUUCCCACGUCGUCCUCCUCGUCGGGCUCCAGCUCGUCCAGCAAGCCCUCCUCGUCGGAUCUCAAUCUCCUGAUCAAGGAGACAAUGCCGCUGCCGCGCAAGCUCGUGCGCGGCCAGGACGUGUGGCUGGGCAAGGGCGCCGAGCAGACGCGCCAGAUACUGAAGUGUAUGUGGUGCGGCCAGAGCUUCCGCUCGCUCGCCGAGAUGACUAGUCACAUGCAGCAGACGCAGCACUACACCAACAUAAUCUCGCAGGAGCAGAUCAUCUCCUGGAAGUCCGCCGAGGACGGCAAGGGGCCGACGGGACCAGGGAAUGCCAACAGCUCAAGUGCCAAUCAGAACGCCGGACCCAACAGCACCGUGAGCGCCGUGCUCACGUGCAAGGUGUGCGAUCAGGCCUUCUCCUCGCUCAAGGAUCUCAGCAAUCACAUGGUGAAGAAUGCGCACUACAAGGAGCACAUCAUGCGAUCCAUCACGGAGAGCGGCGGCAGGCGACGACAGACGCGCGAGAAGAGGAAAAAGUCGCUGCCCGUGCGGAAGUUGCUAGAGCUGGAGCGGGCACAGCACGAUUUCAAGAACGGCGAGACCAACAUUAUGUCCAAGACAAUGCGCGAGGCUGCUUCGGGGCGGAUAACGUGCGAGAAGUGCGGCGACAAGAUCGACACGGUGUUGUUUGUGGAGCACAUCAGACAGUGUGUCGGCGGGGUGACUUUGAACUCUCACAGGGUCAAGCCGCCGUCUCUCUCGGGUGCCAACAGUAUUCUCCCGCCGUCAGAGAGCGUGAGUCCUCUGACGCCCGGCAGUCGUGACGGGAGGAAGAGCAUAGGGGACGAGAUCCCGUCCCCGGCUUCCAGGCAUAUCUCUCCCAAUGCUGCGGAUCUCUCCUCGCCCAAGGAGGGCUCGCAGGACAAGACCUCCUCUUCCCCAUCCGUUCUCAAUGCUAUUGAGCAGCUGAUCGAGAAGAGCUUCGACACGCGAUCAAGACACAGCGGCGGAAUCCAAGGCCCUAAUCAGAAUGCGGCUCCUCUGGGAUCUAGCAUUCUGAAGCGUCUGGGGAUCGACGAGAGUGUGGACUACACGAAGCCCCUGAUAGAUCAUCAGACAAUGAACUUGCUCAGGAGUUACCAGCAGCAGCAAGUGUAUGGACGCAGAGAGAGGAGUGGCAGCGAGUCAAGCUCGUUCUCAGACCGCGGAAGCAGUCGAGUGGAUUCGCUGACGCCGGAGAGAAAGGUGGAUCAGCCACUGCAGUCGUCAACGCCAAGGCACACUCCUGAGAAGCAGGAGGCCGAAGAUCUCAGCGAGAGCGCAGUGAAGAUCAAGAGGGAGCCCGAGGAUGAGGAGAAGCGAGAAGACACGCCUAGCGCAGCAUUGGCGAUCAAGAAGGAAACUGAGGAAGUCGAGGACGCUCGUGCGAAGAGUCCGGAAGAUGCCGAGGGUGGAAAGUUACGCUCCAGCUCCCUGUCUAGUCCAAUGCCGAGUCCCAGGCACACGCCGGUGACUCCGGCCGCGAGUCCCGGAAGUGAUAGAUCCACGCCAAGAUCGCAAGUGAAUGCCAGUGAGUCGAAGAAGGCAACAACUGGCGGCAGUUUGGGUGCUCUGUCCUCGAUGUUCGACAACCUGACCGGCGGCGGCGCGUCAAAUGCCGCCGCCAGCGAGGGUUCGGGGUCUGGGAAGAAGGGUAGCUCUCACCCGUUGGCAGCACUGCAGAAGCUUUGUGAUAAAACCGAGACGAAUCAAAAUUCCCGCACGAAUUCCGCCUCCAGCAACUCCUCGCUGGCCUCCAACAAUCCUGGCGUGUCAACAAGUUCCACAGCUCCGGGCGCCAUCUUGGCCUUCAGCUGGGCCUGCAACGACGCCGUGAUGACAUCGGACUCGAUCAUGAAGUGCGCCUUUUGUGAUACACCCUUCAUCUCCAAGGGCGCCUAUCGCCACCACCUGUCCAAGAUGCACUUCGUCAAGGACGACGUCAUCCCCGAUCCGAUCGCCGUGAAGAGUCAGAAGCAGAUUCCGCCGGCGUCGCAGUCGCCCAAGGGCUCGCCCGUCAACAGUGGCAACGGUGUGACGCCGAGCAGCUCGCGCGAGGGCACCUCAAGCGCCCCGGCGGCCGCCAACGCCGCGGCGCCGGCGAAGAGCCCGCCGCCGAGCGGCGUGGCGUUCGAGGAGAGCCCACAUUCCAAAUUCCUCAAGUACACCGAACUCGCCAAGCAGCUGUCGUCCAAGUACGUAUGACAUUCCUAAGGAGCAGCCGGAGUCCGGAAAGGUAAGCCCAGCAUCUGAAUCUCGUUGUAAAAAGCCUCCUGUGUAAAAAGCCCUCUGAUAUUCUCAGAAAUAUCAUGUGAUGCAACAUAUCUCUUGCGAAACUGUCGUUAGGAAGCCAAGAUCGUGGGUGUUGAUGUCACAUCGCACCAGGUUUAAGAAAGUGAGAGAGUGAAAAGGCGAAAGAUGAGCCCUUCUGGUGUAAAUUGUAGCAUCUAGAGAGAUGAAACCUCAUACUUUUUCUAUUAAAUGUAGGCUAAACCACUAAGAGAAGCCGCGUAGGUCGAGAAAUCUGCAUAUAGAGAUUAGGCACUCACUUUCGAUGAAAAGCAAGUCACUAUAGAGAGGAAUCUUCAUACAAACUGACGCUAUACGAAUAUAACCUUUUGGAAGGAAAUGGAGAAAGUUCAGCCCCAAAAUUUCCCCUUGACGAACAUUUAACCAUUUGCCAAAAUUUACGAUGAUGAAACAUAGAAGAGAAAUUUUAUGGAUAAAUUGUAACACUGUAUACGUAAUUUUUGAGAUGAAAAAGAAAAAAAGGAUCUGAGAGAGAAGUUGACAGGAAAAUCCUCCCUAUUUGAGAACAAAGCCCUUUUCUAGAAUGGAAAGAAAGCCGAAAACUUCUUCAAAAUUUCUUUCAUGCCGACUAUUUUUUGUGAUUUUAUUGUAUAGUGGCGAAGGAGAAAUACUACGCAAUUUGUAUACCGAAAGUUUCAAUCAAUUAAGAAAUAGUAGCAUUACUAAAAAAAAAAGAGAGAAAGAUAAAAUAGUUGAAAACAAAGCAGACACGUUUCUGUAAGAUAUACGAUCUGUAAUACUUAAAGAAGAAGAGUCUAUAUAUUUGCGAGAAUCUUGAAGUGUGGAGAAAAAACGCACCUUCCCAAAAGGUAUUAAGAAAAAAAGGAUUGUACUAAAUAUAAAUUUUUUGACUAGAGUAGAAAUUUUAAUGAAAUGAAAAAAAAACAACUUUAAAGGCAAGAUAAAACCCACAGCAUUUAAAAAAAAGUCUUUUAGUAAUUAUAUAGAUAAAUCAUCACGGAACAACUUUCAAAAGAAAUAGUAAAAAAAAAGAGUUGCAAUAGUGUUGAAGGAAAAAAAGCGAGAAAAGAAGUUUAGUGAAGAGAACAUGGAAAAUCUUAAUUAUUCUAUAUUAAAUAAAAAGGGCCGUGCAUUUUAAUAAAAUUACUGUGUAAAUAGAAGUCUUUUUGAAUAUAAAUACAAUUAACUGAUGCAGCAUUGAUAAAAAAAAAAUUGGAAAGAGAUAGAAAACGGUGUGAGAAAAUCCAGAAAAAACAUAAAUUGCUAUUAAUAUUCUUGUCUCUGGAGAGCAAGAAAACUGCAAGUGUAUUAAUAGUAAUAGAGAAAAGUAAAUAUAGAGAGUAAAUCAAUAAUAUUUAUUACAUAAAAUUAUAUAUUAUUAUAUUGAGACUUAAUAAUAUUAAGUAAUAUUGACAAAAAAAAAUU